GGAACACGGUACUCUACUACUCUAUCAUCCAUCAUCCAUCAUCCAUCACAAAUCAAAAACUUCAAUCAGAACCUUGGCAGGUCUUGUGUCAUCUCCAAAAAAAAACUCAUACAGAAGAGACCUCUGGAAUCAUUCACUUCUCACUCAGAUCGCUGUUCAUCAUGCCUUCCAAUCAGGCUAAGGCUAUUCCAGAGCCUCAGUGGAACCAACACAGGGAUGAUAUCAUAGAUCUCUAUUUGACGGAAAACAUGGCAGUCAUUUGCGAGAAGAUGAAAGAGCGUGGAUUCUCGGCAACGGAAUCACAAUACGAAUCGCGUCUUCGCAAAUGGAAAAUCCAUAAAAAUGGAACGAAGGAGGAUUGGAAGAAUGUCUGUAGGCUCGUACGAAUCAGAGCUGAUCAGGGCAAAGGUUCAGAUGUCUACAUGCACGGCAAACUCAUUCCAGCCGACAAAGUCAAGAGGUGGACUUCGCGAUUCCUUACGCCUAUGGAAUUGAAUAACGUCCAUCAAGCACGCCAUCCACAGGCCCCGGAUAGUUUUACAAUCAAGUCUCCCAAAGAGGAAACUUCGUUUCGCUUUCCAACACCAGAGACACAAAAUGCCUUGCCAAUUCGAGAAAUAAUGACCGCCAACCUUCCAUCUUGCCGUCUCAGUCAAUCCAUUGCCUUACGUGGUUUGACUUUCACCUUGGGGCCUACGCCCAACUCGAGAUACAUAAACCCGAGACUCCUAUCUGGUCCUAGCUCAAGCCUCAGUCAAGAUCAAGAACCAACCGGAACGGACAACGGGUCAAAUUUGUACAACAAUGCCCUCCAGCUCAUUUCCGACUUUCGGAACGGAACUUUUUCCAAUUUGAAUCCACUCGUCUCAACCCUACGCUUGUUGAUGCCCGCUGUCAUACUUCGGGACUUUGAGGGGCCCAACUUGAUUCUGAACGAGGAGUUUGUGAAUUCAGCUUUGACCCGACUCGUCAUAUUCACAACAACCAACAACUUUGCUGGUCUGGAGAGCCUCCCUAGCAAUAUUAUAGAAUGCUUACGAAAUCCAACAAAUAUGCGACUGCUUGAGGAACUUCAAUCCACCCCGGGCCUUGAAGUCGAAGGUUUUGCAGAAAAUCUUUUUUGCGCUUCUGUUGCAUCUGGGAACGCUGGCAUUGCUGAGUAUCUCCUUCGAACGAGUAACUUAGACUCCAACCAACUAGUGUGCAGUCGUGAAGGAUGGCGGUUCACCCCAAUACAACUGGCUGUUGCGCUAGGAAGCACGGAGGUCACAAGGAUUCUCAUUCGAGCGAAAGCCGACCUCAACAAAUCACUGCUAGCGAUAAACCCCCCGGUCCUACGAACGCUAAACAUAGCGGUUUCGGAAAUGAAAGAUCCUUUCUUUUGGAAGGUUCACACUGAUCUUAAGCUUGUGCGCAUGCUGCUGGAGGCUGGCGCCGUAUUGGGCAUGGAUGAACUCGAAAGCGAUAUCUACUCGGGUGAUGUGAAAGUGGAUGCCGUGGUACUUCUCAUCACUUCCUAUUUUAGUGCAAGUGCCACUAGACAUAUUGCAGGACGGAUUCUCGGGAUGCUGCUGCAAGAAAAAUCAGACCGUAUUCCAUGUGACCUCAAACCACCGGAUUUCACCUGGAAUGUCAUCAUUGGUAUCUUUGAUAGAGAUCCCAUGGCCAUAAAUCUCAUUCGAAGUUACAUGGAUAAUCAUGCGAAUUUACAUCCAGCACUCGAUGUCAUUGCAGGAGAGGGUCACCUUGAGCUGGUCAAGGCACUUCUUAGGCCUGGAGAAAUACCAACAACACAUAUCCUCAUUCGCGCAAUACAUAGUGGUAGUGUGGAGUUGGUGGAGUACCUUCUGGAUGUAGGAGCCGAUGCCAAUGGUCAUGUUGUUACUUCAACCAAGAGAAAUAUGACUCCAAUAGCAGAAGCAAUUUGGUCAGGAAACGCUGUAAUUGUUGAGCUCCUUAAAGCUAAAAUUGGAUGGCUGUAGGUUAGGGACAAGCCUUAGUAUGCCACUGCUUUGGUUGCAGUUUCAGAGGUUGGAGACUUGGAACUAGUUCGUGAACUCCUCAACAUGGGGUCGAUUCUUGAUGAAUACGAGCUGUUUGCGCCUCUAGCAGCAUCUAUGCGAGAAAAGCACGAAAAGAUUGCUAUGAUGAUCUUCGAGAGUAUAGAAGCUACACUACGGUCGAAAAAUAUUCAAACCCUAUAUCUCGAC